GAGCGCACGUUGUCAUCGGCAAGACUACUGCAAACACUCCUCUCACUAAGCUUGUCGUUCCAACGUCGCCAUGAGGGCCAGCGCCAGGAAGAACAGCUAACCGGCAUUACAUUCCGAGGAACGACAGCGGGACGGCUGUUUACGGCGAAGCUUCGGAGUGAAAUGCUCAACCCAAGGGCGUCAUUUCUUUUUCAAUUCCUCCCAUGGUCUGAACGAGUCGACGGCCGGAUCAACGAACCAUGACUGACGCUAAGAAGUCGACGACGGACAAGCCCGUACAGGCCCCCAGUGGCAGGAAAGCGUGCGCAGCCGUUACCCUGGCCGUGCUCGCGACGGGCGCAGUCUUCCUGCUGGUCGGACGCUACGUGGUGCCGUCGAACUGGCCAAGUGGCUGCUCGACGGCGAGUGGGGCACCCCGAUCCGCUGCUGCGGCACCAGCUCGCGGCGACUCCGCGGACGCAGGCAGCGAGCAGCGGACGCCGCCGCCUGCGACGGACGCUUCUGCCAGAUGUGCAAACAAUACCCGCGGAAGCGACGGCUUUGUCGGACUUGAGAGCGCCUACCGGGAGGUCGACACCGACCUGCUUACCGAGGCCAUCGUGGACAAGACGUUGGAUGAACACGUGCAGUUUCUUGCCAAGGAGCCUCACGUGGCUGGCAGUCCACGAGAUGAGCAGGUAUUGGCCCAAUACGUUGCCGACCGGCUCACUGAAUACGGAUUCGACGAAGUUACGAUCCAGCCUUACCACGUGCUGCUCUCCUACCCCAACGCCACGGACCCAAACAGCGUGCAGCUCCUGAACGGUACAACAGGCGAGGUUCUUCUCGACGCCGCUGCCCAUGAAAAGCCGGUUGAGGGCCUCGACACAGAUAUCGGACCUGCAUUUUUCGCAUACUCGCCGCCAGGAGAUGUUAUGGGCUGUCUCGUGUAUGUUAAUAGAGCUACGCACGAGGACUUGGACGAGGUGGAAGCACUCAACGUCAGCGUCACCGGAUGCCUAUGCCUCGCCAGACAUGGUGGGACCACGUUGGCCUCUAAAGCGUACACGUGCGCUCGCAAAGGAGCCGUGGGCCUCCUCGUUUUCCCCGAUUCCCGACCGUCCGAUGCGACAAGCUCCACUUCGACCCAUAUGUUCCCAUCGGGUCCCGAGAUGCCAGAAACCGUGCUUCGCAGGGACAGUAUGAUGAAAGUCGGCGACCCUCUCACCCCAGGCGUUCCUGCGAUACCGUCAGCCGAGAGAAUGGAUCCUGCUUUCGCUGGCUUACCACCGAUACCCAGCCAACCGAUCAGCUAUCUUGACGCCCAACUGCUGCUAAGAUCACUCGAAGGUCCCAAAGCUCCAGAACGGUUCCAGUUAACGGGAAACGUUACCUACAGGCUGGGAGACGCAUCUGCUGACAGGUUGGUGCGGCUGCGAGUCAACAAUAUCUUCACGCUCGCGCAGAUAAAUAACGUCAUCGCAACACUGCAUGGCUCAGUCGAACCAGACCGGUACGUAGUGGUGGGCGCCCAGCGAGAUUCAUUUGGCUUUGGAGCACUGCAACCGGCGCCCAACACGGCGUCGUUGCUCGCCCUAGGACAUGCGCUGGGGAGCCUGAAAAAACGGGGUGUGAGGCCCCGGCGUAGUGUGCUGCUGUGCAGCUGGGCGGCCGGCGAGUACGGACAAGUGGGCUCCACAGAGUGGGUCGAGCAACACCUCUUCGAGCUUCACUCACGUGCAGUCGCCUAUAUAGAUAUCAGCGAGUGUGCAUCCGGUGGGCGGUUGGUUCCAAAGGCGUGCCCCUCAUUGGAGAAUCUUGCUGUAGAAGCAACAAAACGGGUGCGCGACCCUGCGGACGCCAACAGGACCAUGUACGACGUGUGGCAAGAACAAUGGAGCAAGAGUCUCGGGAAGAAGGCCAGUUUAUCUGUUCGGCCCGCAGUAAUGGACGCCACAUCAGACAACGCACCUUUCAGCCUUUACGCUGGUGUACCUUCGACAAGUUUUCUUUUGAAGCCUGAGAAAAGCAAGGACACCAGCGAAGUGUCGUAUCCUGCUCACCACACGGCUUACGACACUCUCCGCCUCUACAACAACUGGACCGAUGCUCGCCUAGCGCCUUUGUGCGCCCGGCUUCACGGUGCAGCGCUCUGGCUCGCUGCGGACGCGCCUCUCAUACCAGUCAAUUUCUCAGCGUUUGCACUACGCUUGGAAGAGUCCCUGGAAGAGCUUCGAAAGUCACCCUCGGCGCUGGAACUGGAGCUGAAUGGCGUGUCUCUUGACGCUUUGCGCUUGGCGAUCGAGCGCUUCCGGAGGGCCGCUGACCAGUGGACCGCGCAUCUGACCCAGCUGAACAAAACAAGGACCAGUGAACUCCGCGCCAUCAACGAUCAAAUGUCGUUGGCGGAGCACACAAUGUUGAAACCAACGGGGCUGCCCGGCCGUCCUCUGACUCGGCACGUCCUUUGGGCACCGUCGGAGUUUGAUGCGCGUCGCGUCACCGGAUUUCCUGUGUUUGCCGACCUCCUGUUCUACAUCUCCCAGUUGCCUGCGGAAACGCGCGAACACGGCUGGAAGAACGUGCGCUUCUACCUGGCAGACGUGCUCGUCGCUCUCAGGGCAUCCGCUGCGGCUCUUCGAGUGCCGUCGCUGUGACACGGCUCUUCACCGUCCUUCCCGUGAAAAAAAAAAUAGAAACAGUCGUUUCUGUGCAAAUAAACUCAGAAUGCUUGGUGA